AUGACUUAUGCAUUCAACGCAAGCUACGCCGCCUGCGUCAUCUUGCGUGUCACGUAUGGCAAGUCGACCCCCACCGCCACAGACGCCCCCGAGAUCAUCGUCAUCCACAAAAUGCUCAUGCGACCUGGUGUAUUACUGGUAGAGCGCUACCCGAUAUUAAAAUACGUUCCGGGAUACGCAACCGAGUUGGAGCAGUGGAGAAGGGAAGAUAGUCAGCUCUUCCAUGGCCAUCUUGAUCGUGUUUCGAGAGAAUUGGCGACUGGCAAAGCUGGCCCCUCAUUUGCUCGUUAUCUUCUUGAGAACCUGUCUUCGCACAAGCUCUCGGACGAAGAAAUGGCUUAUCUCGCUGGAUCUCUCUUUGGCGCUGGUUCGGACACGACUGCAGUUGCGAUUAUGGUUCUUGUCAUGGCUUCUGCAUGUUACCCCAAGGCUCAGGAGAAAGUGCAAGAAGAACUGGACGUCGUCAUUGGUCGUGACAGAGCUCCCACAUUCGAUGACUAUAACUCCCUCCAAAAGAUUGAAGCGUUCAUGCUGGAGUGUCUUCGCUGGAGACUCGUAACGACUCUCGGAUUCGCACACCGUGCACUGACUAAUAUCCCAUACAAGAAUAUGUGUAUCCUAGAAGGUGCUAUCGUCUUUGGCAACCACUGGGCAAUCUCUCGUGACACAAGCGUCUACUCCAACCCUGACCAGUUCGAUCCUCAGAAGUGGCUCAAAACCGACGGCAAAAUCCGGAAUGACCUCAAGUUCCCUUCAUUCGGUUUUGGACGCAGAAUCUACCCAGGAUAA